UCUUUUCAUAUAAUUUUAGGCGGGAGAGUUUAAAUUCCUGAACCUGGAAAAGAAAAGAGAAAGAAAAAACUAACGUAACAGUCUCCAAUUGCAGAUGGAAUCGCUAAAUAAGGCAGUAAACAAAGACUCCAUACUGGUGGCAUACUUGCGCGGCGGCGUCGGAUCUCCAAUGAAAUCACCAGGCGGCGACAGAUUCUCUCGCAAUUACCAGCGCAGAAGCAGCGGGAGUUCCAGAUCGCCGUUAUCGCCGCUUGAGAAUAUGAAGACACCGAUGGUGGAUGAAGACGAAGUUCUAGUGAUGGAUGGAGUUCUGGUUUCGUCGCUAGUCGGAAGUGGAUCAUCAUCCAAUUCUUCCUCUUCUUCUUCGGGAAAGAGCGUGUACAAGAAGGAACUUCGCAGAGCUUGGGAGGAUCUGGGACACUGCCGCUAUGCCUCCAAUUGUCAGUUCGCACAUGGAAAUGAUGAGUUUCAUCCAUCUGGUUUCUCCAUCAAGAACAAAGAAUUGGUACAUGCUUGCAAGUCACAUGCUGCUAGUCCUAGAUCAAGCCCUUAUGUCCAAAAGUGCCGCUUUCUUCCUUCUGCUAUGACAAGUGCAGCAGUUGCAGCAAAACAAGCAGCCUCCCCUGCCAUACCGGAAUAUACCAGCAUCCGCCCCACCAUCAUCACAUCUGAAAAAUCCAGCAAGAAUAGUACCACCUUAAUCUCCACACCUGAUGAAUUUGGCAGAACCUAUAUCUCUAUCAGGCCAGACCAUAGCAACAAAAUCCCAACUGCGAGCGUUAAAUCUGAAGACUCUAGAAUGGAUAUCACUACCACCGUCUGCUCUGACUACUGGUCACCACAGGAUGAUGGCAUUGAUAUUGCUUUGCCACAUCAGACUGACAAAGGCAUAUCAAGGGAAGAAGUAAAUGCCUAUAUUCACAGCGUUCCUUAUGGUCCGGCUACAAAGAAUAGGUUGCCUGUAUUCAGUGAAUUUUGCCCUGGAUAGUAGAUCUCAUUUGCAGAAUUGCAGUACAAACGGCUUCCUUUUUCUCAUGACACGUCCACGUUUAGACAGAAAAUUGCUAUCCAUACUCUGCAGGUUGUCCAGGAUCUACACUUCUAUCUUUUAUGGUUUGGCUCUAAUUCCUAUUCUUUACUUGAUCAUGGCUGGUUAUUUGGAUUAGAUUGAUACCAUCAACUUGCAUUCAUCCUUACCGAUAUUACAUUAACUACGUAGGUACAGAUACAAUACCGUAUAUAUAGAUUGUCUGUGCAGCUGGAAUUAUCAUAGAUGCUUUAUGCUAUAUGUCUGCAAUGAAAAAAAU